AUGGAGCACGGUCUACUGAAAGAACUUGGUCUGAAUGGCACCCCUUAUCCAUUGUGUCUUGACUGGACUGGAGGCCAAAGUCGGGAAGAAAAGGAGUCGGUUGUGCUAGCUUUGAAGAUUUCCGGAACAACCGAAGCAAGUGAAGUGUUCGAAUUGUCGGAGGUUCAUACGGUCAAGGACCUUUCUCUACCGAAGCAGUCAGUUUCAGUUCCGCAAAUGGUGACGAAGUACGGUUAUCUUGAUGGGUUACCCCUACGAUCCUACGAAGGAGCUUCUCCACGAAUCCUUAUAGGGAUGAACAACUGUCGCCUGGGAAGUUCUUUAAGAAGCCUUGAGGGAGAUGAGAACGAGCCGAUGGCAUCCAAGACAAGACUUGGUUGGAUAUUGUAUGGUCCCUGUACAGCGGAGUUUGGUGUUAACGAGUCAGACUAUAGUGGUUACCAUAGCUUCCACAUUUGCCCGUGUAACAAAGAUAGCGAGAAAGAUGUUCAUGAAGCCCUGAAGGAGUACUUCUCAAUCGAGUCGAUGGGAAUCUAUGGAUCUUCGAGGUCACUUCUCUCUAAGGACGAAGAAAGCGCGUUGAAGAUUUUGUCUACUGAAACGCGUCUUAUUGGAAACCGUUACGAGACUGGAUUGUUGUGGCGAUACGAUCAACUAAAGUUACCGAACAGCAAAGGAAUGGCUCUGAAGCGUCUUGCCUGUUUAGAAAAACGACUGAAGCGAGAGCCUGAAUUAGCAGCGGCUAUGUCAGCAAAGAUGUCCGAGUACGAGGAGAAAGGUUAUAUUCGGCGACUAUCGAUCCAGGAAAAAGCGGAGAAACAUCCAAACGACUGGUAUUUGCCGAUAUUUCCUGUUACGAAUCCGAACAAGCCCGGUAAGAUGCGUAUCGUGUUUGACGCAGCAGCCAAAGUCAACGAAGUAUCGCUAAACUCGUUCCUUCUUACGGGACCUGAUCAGCUAGUAUCCCUGUUAACUGUCCUCUUCAAGUUUCGUGAAUUUCGCAUCGCAGUCGUGGGAGACAUCCGAGAGAUGUUCUUUCAAGUAAAGAUGAAAAAGCAGGACCAGCGAAGCCAGAUGAUAUUGUGGCCCAAUACAGCUGCAGUCGAAGAUCCAGAGGUGUACGUGGUAACAGUAAUGACUUUCGGAGCGGCAUGUUCUCCAAGCAGUGCGCAUUACGUCAAGAACCGGAACGCUGACAGAUUCGAGGAACAACACCCUAGGGCAGUUCAGUGUAUUAAGUACGAGCACUACGUGGAUGACAUGUUGGCAAGCGUAGAAACCGAAGAAGGUGCGACGAAAUUAGCUGAAGAAGUUCGUUGGAUUCACGCACAAGGAGGGUUCGAGAUAAGAAACUGGCAUUCUAACUCAAGUUACGUUAUCGAAAACCUACAAGAAAAACCUACCGUGGAGAAAAACAUGAGCUUCUGUCCGGAGAUGUCAACGGAGAAAGUCCUCGGAAUGUGGUGGGACACAACUACUGAUACGUUUACGUUCAAGUUAUCACCGAAACACGAUGCAGAACUACUUUCCGGAGCAAGGAUGCCAACGAAACGUGAAGUCUUGAGAACUUUGAUGACUGUAUACGACCCUAUGGGACUCAUCGGCAACUUUCUCAUUUAUUUGAAAAUCCUGCUCCAGGAGAUUUGGCGUUCCGGAACCGGUUGGGACGAUGAGAUCGACUCGAGGUUGACCGAGAAGUGGUUAACAUGGAUUGAAGCGCUGCCGAAUGUUCGUCAAGUUACUAUCCCACGCUGUUACCGAACUGUGACGUCCAUCGAGUCAACCAACAGUGUGGAGCUGCAUGUUUUCUGCGAUGCCAGUGAAAAUGGAAUAGCUGCCGUUGCCUACUUUAAAUUCCAAGAAGGAGAUAAGGCGGAAUGUGCGCUGAUUGGAUCAAAGACCCGUGUAGCCCCGUUGAAGUUCCUCUCUAUUCCUCGUCUUGAGUUGCAGGCCGCAGUAGUUGGAGCACGCUUUGCCGAUAGUAUUGUCAAGUCACACAGAAUGAAGAUUACACGACGAGUUUUCUGGACUGAUUCCCGUGAUGUAGUGUGCUGGUUACGGUCUGAUCAUCGACGAUACAGCCAAUUUGUUGCGUUUAGGGUCAGCGAACUUCUUGAUACCACACAAGUAGGAGAAUGGAGAUGGCUUCCAACUAAGCAGAACGUAGCGGAUGAAGGAACAAAGUGGCAAAGAUUGCCGAACUUUCAGCCGAGCAGUCGUUGGUUCCGAGAACCAGACUUCCUACUAGAACCCGAAGAUUCGUGGCCUGGCGACGCUGGAGAUCAAGGAACGACGAUGGAAGAGAUCCGUGCUAGCGUUCUUCACCACCAAGGAGCCAAACCACUGAUCAUCUCUUUCGAACGUUUUUCGAAAUGGCAACGACUUUUGCGAUCUGUCGGAUACUUACACCGUUAUUUCAUCAACUUCCAGAACACCGUUAGAAAAACCACACUAGUGAGAGGCGCUCUGACACAGGAGGAGUUGAAAUCAGCUGAGAACACAAUCUACCGAUGUGUUCAGCAGCAGGCUUACUCGGACGAAGUUCGAUUGAUACGCAGUCGAGUACAAGGAGCUUCACCCUGGGAACGUACGUUGCCGAAAUCCAGUGCUCUCUACAAACUAAAUCCAGUCAUCGAUGAGCACGGUGUUCUACGAAUGCAAGGACGUAUCGGCGCCUGCGAAUGGGCAGAUGAGGCCACGAAAAACCCAGUUAUACUCCCGAGGCAACAUCACGUAACAAACCUGUUGAUCGCUGACUACCACGCUAAGUACCAUCAUCAGAAUCAUCAAACCGCAUUGAAUGAGAUUCGACUUAAUCCGCAGGGUUCGACCAGGGCACCUUCAACAUUCUGUGGGGACUGGUUUUUCAGUUUAAGAGAUUGA